CACUGAACGCAAAGAGUCCGCGAGAAAAGAGACCGACUACAAAAUCGCUCUGCACACACCGCCAGUCACUGAGGACACCGCAAGCUAAGUCUGGGAGCUGUGUUCUCACGUGUGGACUCUUACAUUUCAGCAGGUUUUGACUGGACGUCUGGACGCUCACUUGCCUUUUGAUAGUGUGAUAUUCUCUAUUGCACACUGUGAAGGAGCACUAUUAGAUUGCUGGGUCUAAUAAUAACAACGUUAGCUUAUGUGCAAGGGCCUCGGUCUUGGUGGCUAGUUUGGUAGCUAGCGGUCCUAACUUGUCAAAGUAGCCGUGUUUUGUGCGGUUGUAACGUUUCCGCGUGUGGUUACAAAGUAAUUACAAGGCUGAUAGGAACGACGACAAACUCGGCUCAACCCGAACACAGUUUAACACACCCGAGCCAGUCCCGUGCCUUUGUAGAAUUGUGCUAUGGGCUUACUGUCACAAGGGUCGCCGCUUAGCUGGGAAGAAACCAAAAAGUAUGCAGACCAUGUCCGCAAACAUGGAAUUAUACAGUUUCUCAAUAUUUACAACAAGGUGAAGGACCGUCAGAAGGAUGUCCUGAAGUGGGGAGAUGAGGUGGAAUACAUGUUGGUGGAAAUGGACGAUAAAAACGAGAAGGUACGCCUGGUGUUGAACGGCGGAGAAGUCUUGCAGACUCUCCAGGACAAAGGGGAAUUAACCAAUCCCAACCACCCCACGCUGUGGAGGCCGGAGUACGGCAGCUACAUGAUCGAGGGCACGCCGGGACAGCCGUACGGGGGCACCAUGUCCGAGUUCAACACGGUGGAGGACAACAUGGGCAAGCGCAGGAGAGAGGCCUCCUCCGUGCUUAACAAGAACGAAACGCUCUGCACCGUCACCGCCUUCCCAAGGUUAGGAUGCCCAGGGUUCACCCAGCCUGAACACAAGCCCACCCCGGUGGAGAAAGGCGUGUCCAAGUCGCUCUUCUUCCCCGACGAAGCCAUCAACAGGCACCCCAGAUUCAGUACUCUUACUCGAAACAUUCGCCACAGACGAGGGGAGAAGGUGGCCAUCAAUGUUCCAAUAUUUAAAGACAAGAACACGCCCUCUCCGUUUGUGGAGCCCUUUCCGGAAGAUGACGGGGAGGCGGCCAGAGCGGCUCUUCCGGACCACAUCUACAUGGACGCCAUGGGCUUCGGGAUGGGCAACUGCUGCCUCCAGGUCACAUUCCAGGCUUGCAGCAUUAGCGAGGCCCGGUACCUGUAUGAUCAGCUAGCCACCUUCUGCCCAAUCGUGAUGGCUCUGAGCGCGGCCUCUCCCUUCUACCGCGGCUACGUGUCCGACAUCGACUGCCGCUGGGGCGUCAUCUCCGCGUCCGUGGACGACCGGACGAGGGAGGAGAGGGGGCUGGAGCCCCUGAAAAACAAUAAAUUCCGGAUCAACAAGUCGAGAUACGACUCCAUCGACAGCUACCUGUCCAGCUGUGGAGACAAGUAUAACGACAUCGAGCUGACCAUUGACGAGGACAUCAACAAACAGCUCCUGGAAGGAGGGAUCGACAAACUGCUGGCGCAGCACAUUGCGCACCUCUUCAUUCGAGAUCCCCUCUCUUUGUUUGAGGAGAAACUUCACCUGGAUGAUGAGAACGAGUCUGACCACUUUGAGAACCUUCAGUCCACCAACUGGCAGACGAUGAGAUUCAAGCCCCCUCCGCCAAACUCUGAAAUCGGAUGGAGAGUCGAGUUCCGUCCUAUGGAGGUCCAGUUGACAGACUUUGAGAACUCUGCCUACGUGGUGUUUGUGGUGCUGCUGACCCGAGUCAUCCUCUCCUACAAGCUCGACUUCCUUAUUCCUCUCUCAAAGGUGGAUGAGAACAUGAAGGUGGCUCAGAAGCGGAAUGCGGUCCAGGAAGGCAUGUUCUACUUCAGGAAGGACAUCUUUAAAGGCUGCAGCCCCGUAUUUGACGGCUCCCAAAAUGCUCAGAACGGUCUGGAAGGAGAAGAUGACCACGAGGAGUACACGCUGAUGAGCAUCGACACCAUCAUCAAUGGAAAGGAAGGAGUGUUCCAAGGACUCAUCCCGAUCUUGAACUGCUACCUGGAAAAUAUGGAGGUGGACGUAGAUACACGUUGCACCAUCCUAAACUACCUGAAACUCAUCAAGAAACGAGCGUCAGGGGAGCUGAUGACCAUGGCCAAGUGGAUGCGGGAGUUUGUUGCCAAGCACCCGGAGUACAAGCAGGACAGCGUCAUCACUGACAAGAUCAACUACGACCUGCUGAAGAAGUGCGACCGGAUCGCCAACGACGCGGAGCGCUGCCCCGAGCUCAUCGGGGAGCCCAUCAACAGGGGCAAAUAGGAGCCAACAGGAGAACGGAUGCUAACAAGAGGACAGAUGCUAACAAGACCUGGGGCCUAUACUACAAAGCUGGUUCAGGAGUAAACCAGGUUAAGUUAAGAGGUAAAUCGUCUAAUAGAAGAGCAUACAGAUGCAUAUUAGAUGAUUUACCUCGAAAACGAGGACUCCAUGCUCGUCUAUUAGAUGAUUUACCUCUUAACUAAACUUGGUUAACUCCUGAACCAGCUUCUUAGUACAGGCCUCUGGGGCCUAUACUACAAAUCUGGUUCAGGAGUUAACCAAGUUUAAGUUAAGCAAUAAAGCACCUAAUAAUAGAAGAGCCUGGAGUCCUAGAGUUCUUAAGAGAAUGAGGACUCCAGGCUCUUCUAUUAGAUGAUUUACCUCUUAACUUAACCUGACUUACUCCUGAACCAGCUUUGUAGUAUAGGCCCCUGAUGUAAAACCCCAUUAUCAUGAAAGAAAACUAGUCGAUUUGCAUGAAUGACCAAAAAAGUGACGAGAGAAAACAGAAACAAAAGAGAAUACACACUUGUGCCCAUGGGUCCAAACUAUCUUGCUUAGAAGGAAGAAAACAAAAAAACAUGGAAGACCAGACAAGAAAUGCAUGUGCAGAUUUGAAAAGUCAAAGGAUGGAUGUACUAAUUUUGUAUAUAUCAGAUUUUUAUCAUGGAAAAAAAAAAUAUUUUAAUAGAUUAAGAGAGGAUAUCAGUGGAAAUACUGUAAGGCCAGGCUGUUUCUGUAAAUACUUCCCUCUGUGUACGGUUAACGGGACGCGCUUUCUGUUCUGUGUGAAUGUUUGUAUAUGUAGCCCGAUCAGGUUGUACAUCGUAAGUAUUUCCAUGUUGUGUAAAUAUAUUCUUCCCUCUGAUCUCUAAGCAGUAGCGCAUGUUUUUUCAAAUAAAUAUGGCUACUUGUUCAGGAGAUAUUUUAAAACAAAUUAUUUUAGUUUGCUAACUUUGAACUGCAGUGUCUGAGAACCUUUAACGACGCGCUGUCUGUCUUGGCAUCUAGCUACGCGCUAAAGCGAAUAGAAACGCUCUGUAUGGGUGGGGGUGACGAAAGCCUGUUUGGAUUUUAAGUGGCCGGGGGUCUUGAAAUAAAACUGUAAACUGCACACAA